CGAGACGACACCAGAUUCGCUUCACGACGCCCGUGCGAGGGUGUCCUCAUCAACAUGGCUGGCUUAUUAAUCUCUAUUACCCAGAAUGACGGAAAAAGCAAUUCGCCCAUGUGACGGGCCACGACGCGCUGUCGGCUGGUCAGAUGAUCUCGACAGGACAACGCACGUCGGCCGCGCAGUGCAUGUUUCAAAGCAGAACCUCGCUCGUGAGAGAUGCUCCUUUGGGAAGAAUGGCUUCCAAAUCAGACUGAUCGGUGAGCCGGCUGCUACAGUAUGCGCAGCUCUCGCCUUAGCUGUCGCUUCGGGGGUUACAUCGCGAGGGCCAUGUGGCCGACGCGUGGGCGGUUGGGCGCCUGUCUGUCUGCCUGGAUUUGGCAAUGCGAGUCGGAGUCUGGACAAGGACAGCCAACUUGGCAUGCCGGGACGGCGGCGCGCAGCGGAGAUGAAGAUGCAGCCUUGCUCAGGAGUCACAAACUCCGUGUCGCUCCUAUUCAUCAAAGAAGCACACACUUCCAGGUACAUAAGCUUGGAUGGAUCUGGAGGAGCGGACGUGAAGGAACGGCGGGGACCCCACCGGGGACGCUACGUACGCACGCACGCAGCACGCUCGAUCAUCGGGAGCUUGUUCAUGAACAAGAUUAGACACCGUGAAGUCUGCUGCAAGCUUGUUUCGGCGACAGGCACGCUGCACGCACCACACAUAAGCAGAGGCGGUGAAGCGUUGCUGAUGCCUAAUGAAUGAAUGGGCGGUUUGAUUGCUCCGUCAACUGAGGACGGGCGGAUGCGUGAAUGCCGCCCCCUGGCCACGUCCCUUUUCAUCACCUCGGAGAGCCUUUUCAAGCCUGGCAGCUGGCUGGGCGCCGAGCUUGACCGACAAGCCGGGAUGGUGCGGCCGGUGGCGCUCAAACAGAAACUCAAAGAGAGAAAGAUUCAGCCGGAUGAGACAUUGCCCGUCACUGCCAAGGCGGUGCUGCCGUCCGUCCGUGGGUUAGGCCAAGCCGUCAGAGUACCUAGACUAGAGCCAUGUGGACGACGCCUGAAGCAAGUGCCGGCGUGGACUUUGUCGUCCUCUGUCGAAGAUCGUGUGUUGGACUGGG